AUGCCUUCGACACACAACGUUGACAAGCCAUGGGAUACGGAGGAUAUUGACAAGUGGAAGGUCGAUCCUUUUACGCCAGCUGACAAUGCUGGAGGCACGUUCGCUGAAGAGUCGUCCUUCAUGACGCUCUUCCCCAAAUACCGAGAAGUCUACCUGAGGCAAUCUUGGCCUUUGGUCACAAAGGCCCUCGAGAAGUAUGGCAUUGCCACAACAUUGGACUUGGUUGAAGGUUCAAUGACCGUCAAGACGACCCGAAAAACGUUUGAUCCUGCCGCUAUCCUAAACGCCCGAGAUCUCAUCAAGCUCCUGGCGCGGAGUGUACCAGCGCCACAAGCCAUCAAGAUAUUGGAGGAUGGAGUCGCAUGCGAUAUCAUCAAAAUUCGAAACCUCGUCCGGAACAAGGAGCGAUUUAUCAAAAGACGACAGAGGAUCUUGGGUCCUAACGGCAGCACCCUCAAAGCAUUGGAGCUGCUCACUUCAACAUAUAUUCUUGUGCACGGAAACACGGUGUCAGCGAUGGGCCCUUACAAAGGACUGAAGGAGGUUCGCAGGGUUGUUGAGGAUUGCAUGAACAACGUACAUCCUAUCUAUUUGAUCAAGGAGCUGAUGGUCAAGCGGGAGCUGGCAAAAGAUCCCGCGCUCGCAAACGAGUCUUGGGAUCGCUUCCUGCCUAACUUCAAGAAACGCAGCUUGAGCCAUCGCAGGGUCCCACACAAGGUCAACGACAAGAGCAAGAAGACGUAUACGGCAUUCCCCCCGGCUCCGGAGAAGAGCAAGGUCGAUCUCCAGAUCGAGAGUGGCGAGUACUUCCUCGGAAAAGAGGCCAAGAAGCGAGCGGCAGAGACAGAAAGGCAAGAACAGGCAAAGGUCAAAAAGGAGGAAAAGAAACGGGAGCGGGAGAAGGAUUUUGUGCCGCCGGAAGAACCGGGCACCAAGACGAAGAAGAGGAAGACCAAGGCUUGA